GUUCCUGUGGGGCGGUCCCAGUGCUGCGUUCAUGGCCCCAGCCGCGCUCCGGCUACUAUUGCGUCACCAAAAGUCAUGGAUGAAGUCUCAGCUGUGAGCAAACACGCUGCUGUCUCUUUUUUGUCUGCCAGAUCGUCGCCCCAGCAGUAAACUCAUCCUUGAAUCUGUGAAGGGAUCCAGCCGGGAGAGGAAAAGGAAAGCAUCGGCAGAUUUAAAUCCGGCUGAUCGCCACCUCCUGAUUUCUGUCAAAAUGGACCCAGGGCCGGGAGAUUUUCCAGCCAUUGAAUCAGGCAUGCCCUCUGGUUUUUGCACGCCCUUAUCACCAGCCAUCGGUCUCCGACACAGUAUCCGGUAUGACGAGCACAUGGACAUUCCCAUGCAUUCACCCCCUCCUGACAUCAAUGUAAACACCCAAUGGAAAGACCCCAUCAUCCCACAGCACAGGUUCAGAGGCAGAGAAGAGGAAGGUCAGAAAGACAAGAAGGCGUUGAUGUUUGAGGGAUUUGCACCGCCAAAGUCACCAGUGCCAGUCGUGAAAGCCAAAGCCACCUCUUUCAUGAGCUCACUUAUGACCAAGCAAACCCAGGAGAAUCUAGAUAUGUUUGAGCACAAGGCAGGCCUAACAGACGACGCUUAUUCACCACACAAGGGCCUCUCUGCUGAAGAGACCCAUUUCCAUCGACGAGCAGAUGCAGUUUCUCAGAAGUUGAGAAUGCCAAGUGGGGACUUCAAGGAGGACAGGCUUACAACAUCAGCACAAUCCACUGCGAGGGGCACCCCUCCAGUCACCCCUUCUGUUACCCCCAGUGUCACCCCCACUGUCAGUCCCCUCUCAUCGCCAGUUGUUCAUCGAAGGAACUGGUUCCACCUCAGUUCGGCGCCUUUUCUCGCUCUUCCAGAGCCUGACAGACGCCAUCCGAACACAGACAUGGGGGGAAACGAGGGAGGAGGUGGAGGCUUAGACAAGUGGAGCUUUUUCGGAACUCGGUCGGUGGUGCACAAGUCCCCCACUGAUCCGGGCUCCGAAACCAGCACAGGCUUCUCACUGCAGUCGUACUUUGGCCUUCAGAAGUCCUCCACCAUGGACGGCACCAACAGCCAAAUCACUCUCAAGGUCGACGAACCCCCCAAGCCUGAAAUACCAGGCUCUGAUAAGCGAGUCCCCCAGCGGCCGCACAAGCUCAAGCCUCGGGACAUGAAUGUUUUAACACCAUCAGGCUUUUAAAGUGCGACCAAGAGCCCAGAUAUUCUUCCAUCUAGAGUUCAGCUCAUUCCAUCCAUGGGGUUAAUCAUUUCCAGUUCUGUUGUCUUGGGCUUCAUCUACCUUCCUAAGAACUCCCUAUGACUGAGAGGGAACCAUCCUCGGUGUUAGUCGGCCUCAACGAUGCCACUUGGUCAUUGGUCCAAAAGAAAAGUAAAAAAAAAAAAAAAAAAUCUGUUUGUCCCUUUUGAAGAGGAAUUACCAGUAUUUUCUGUUCACUUCACUGAUGAACAUUUCUCUCCUUCGUCACAGUACGUGACGUGAAAUACGUCGUCAGUGGCUGGAAAACUAAAGCUGACCACAUAUUUCACAGUGCCAUUCAUUUUCUGAGUUUUACCAUUUCAUAUAAGCUAACUCAUUUACUGUUGACUUGUGCUUUUCAGUCAGCAUGCAGCGUAGUGUGUGACUGAUUUUGUGCCUGGUCUCGCAGGGUGAAGUGUUUGGGUUUUUUCUUUUACGCCAUCGAAAGUUUUGCUCAUGUUUUGAUAAUGUGAAAGAACAUCCUUAAUUAUUCUUGUUAGCAAGGCCUGACUUCCUGACAUAUAUUUUUUAAAAGCGUUGCAUUAGCUGUUUUCAUAUUUGUCUACUUUCUAAUGAGCUUUGUGUUCCAAAUAGCAGGUUAAACAGUUUAUGUUUACUAUUCCAGAGCAUUACAGUGUUGGUUCAGCUGUGACAGAAUCAGAGAGCGUAUUUUCCUUUUUCUUUAUAGAUAUUGUUUUAUUGUUAUUGAGGGAUCCAAGGACUGAACUAUGCUUUUUCUCUGGUGAAAAAUGAUUUUCAUUAAAUUAUUGCACAAGGGACUUUCCCCAGUUUUUUCAUCUUAAAUAAAUCUGUCAACAACUACAA